GAGGGCGGAGCGCGCUUUUGCUAAAGUGGUACCAGCGGCCCGCAGGUUCGGCGCCCUCUGCUCGCACCCAUUCUUUGCCGGCCGGCACUUCUGCUGCAUAGUUUUGCCAAAGCCACGAGCCUUAGUGACCAGAAUUUGCUCACUUUUCUGGUGUAAGCAGUUCUGAUGGCUGGGAAUAAAGGAAGGGGACGCGCUGCUUAUAGCUUUAAUAUUGAGGCAGUUGGAUUUGCUAGAGGUGAAAAGUUACCUGAUGUCGUACUGAAACCACCCCCGUUAUUUCCUGAUACAGAUUAUAAAGCAGUGCCACUGAAAACAGGAGAAGGUGAAGAUUAUAUGCGGGCCUUGAAACAGGAGCUUAGAGAAACGAUGAAAAGAAUGCCUUAUUUCAUAGAAACGCCUGAAGAAAAACAAGAUAUUGAAAGGUAUAGUAAAAACUAUAUGAAAAUAUACAAAGAAGAAUGGGUACCAGAUUGGAGGAGACUCCCAAGAGAGCUGAUGCCAAGGAAAAAAUGUAAAAAAGUAGGCCCAAAAUCCAAAAAGGCAACAGAUGCCGGCAAAGUCACUUCACUCACUAAUACUGCUGAUGUGUUGAAAAAAAUUGAGGAAUUGGAAAAGAGAGAUGAUGGCGAAAAGUCAGAUGAGGAAACUGAAGAGAAAGAAGGAAACAAAGAGAAAAGUAAGGAAGGUGAUGAUGAUGAAGAUGAUGCUGCAGAACAGGAGGAGUAUGACGAAGAGGAGCAAGAAGAGGAAAAUGACUACAUUAACUCUUACUUUGAAGAUGGAGAUGAUUUUGGUGCAGACAGCGACGACAACAUGGAUGAAGCAACGUAUUAGCCAUGAUGUUUCUCAAAAAGUUUUUAUGAUACAGUUUCUGAAUAUCUGGACAGGCUUGUUUGCUUUUAUUUCUGAUAAGGAAUGAGUAAGUAUUCUAUUUUUGUUCCUGUUGUGUUGGACAGUUGUUACCAAAACUUUUAGAACCACUGUGUUUACAUAGUAGUUAGCUUACAAAUUAAUCUUUGACGCUCUGACAUUCCCUGUAAACACCUCUGUCAUCCUUUAAUGUAUUCUAGUGGAUUUUUUAAAGAAUUAUUUGGAUUCGUUUGUGCCUAAAGAGCCUUUGCAUCUCUAAAUCUAUGCAUUCAUACUUGAACAAAUUAUUCUUGUUUAAUUUCUGAUCUUUUGUAAAACUAUUACUAGUCAUCAUAAUGGAUUUCUGUAGUCUAAAAUUUAAUGCUGCACAUGGAGCACUUUAAAAAAACAGAAACUUGAAAAUAACUUUUUUUUUUUUUUACAUGGUAUGUUCUGUACUGCUACAUUAUGCCUAUAUAAACCUACCUGAGCUCUUACACGUACAAAGUUUGGAGAUUGGAAGUUUUAUGAUUGAAAGCAAAUUUACCAGGAAAAUGGCCAAUCUGAGCUAUGUAAAUGUCACAGCUCACAUCUCAGCCAGGUGAAGAUGACAUUCACCAGGGGCAAUAGUAUAACUACUUGAAUGUAGGGCUAACUUCAUUCAUACAAUAUAAGAAUUAAUCAUUCUACUGUAAUAAGCUUGACAUCUUUGAAUAGUUGGAUUUAAUGAAAAAAUCAAACUGAGACAUUUAACUUUGUAAUAUACAAAAGUGUGAAGUAAGUUUUAGUCAUAUAAAUCUCGCUACAGAAUGCAUAUGUGUGAUAUCUGUGAGGUGUGGUGGCCUCUGUUAUGUUUCACAGGACUCAUAAACUAUACAGUUGAUUUAUGUAAUAAUGCAGGAUGAAACUCAGGUAAUUUUAAAAUUAAGAUUAGGUUUUUUUUUGUUUUGUUUUUUACUUAAAAGCUAGCCCCCCUCCACUGUCUUUGUAUAUUUUGGGGGAAAAUACUUAAAAAUCUCAGCCUCCAAAGACUGUGACAAAUGCCAAAGAUAUUCGUGGAAAUUCAUAUUAUAUAUUAUAAAAAGGAUUUGUUAAUAUCACUCACCAAACGAAAUAAUUUAUUUUUCCCUUUGGAAAAUACCACCCACGACCUGCUAAUGUGAGAAUCAGAGACCCAGGUUCUACUUCUACCUGUACUGUUAGACUCAAUCUUGAAACUGAGCGUGGUUUUCUGUGACUUAGUUUCUUCAUUUGUAAAAAUUUCCUAUAAAAAUUGUUUAAACACCAACCAAAAUUUUCCACAUGUAUUCAUUUUCUUACCUUAUAGAAAUCAUCACUUAAUUUAAAUUUGGUUAAAAAAAAACUGUAGCUUGGAAAAUGACAGAAAACACAGCUUUAAGAAAUGUGUUUUCCUCACAAAAUAUAAUUUGAUUUUCCCAUCUUAUAUUAUGGUGGGAAAAAUUGAAGAAAAUUUAAAUUGUCUUGUGCCAUUUUGUAAUAUGACUUUCUCAGGAAAAAGAUCACUUCUAGUGGCAAAUACUUCGUCAGAUUGUGAGGACCGUUAUUAGGUUAGUGGUGUGUUGUUUAUUAUGUGAAUAACUUCUUGUUUAAAGGAGCUUAUCAAAUAUUGAAAAGAUUCUAAAUGGAAAAUAUUGAUAUAAUAAGUGUAUUUUAAAGCAGCAAUCUACUCAGAGUAGAAACCUCACAAAGUUUUCAGUAGUAAUGGCCAAAUGAAGCCAUUUAGGAUCACUAAUUAACAUAGGGGAAACCCUGGUAGCAUAGUGGUUAAGAGCUAUGGCUGCUAACCUAAAAGGUCAGCAGUGCAAAUCCACCAGGCGCUCCUUGGAAACCGUAUGGGGCAGUUCUACCCUGUCCUAUAGGGUCGCUAUGAGUCAAAAUCGACUUGACGGCAACGGGUAAUUAACAUAGGUGUUUUAUUCUCUCACGUCUUCAGUGUUGUUCUUAGAUGCUGUCCAGUCAGUUCAGACUCAUAGUGACCCAUUGUACAACAGAAUGAAACACUGCCUGGUCCCCUGCCAUCUUCAUAAUUGUUGCUGUGCUCGAGCCCAUUAUUGCAGCCACUGUGUCAGUACACCUCAUUGAGAGUCUUCCUCUUUUUCACUGACCCUUUGCUUUACCAAGGGUGAUGUCCUUCUCCAUGGACUGGUCCAGCCUCAUAACAUGCCCAAAGUACAUGAGAUGAAGUCUUGGCAUCUCUUCUAAGGAGCAUUCUGGCUGUACUUUUUUCAAGACAAAUUUAUUUGUUCUUCUGGCAGUCCAUGGUAUGGUCAGUAUUUUUUGCCAACACCAUAAUUCAAAUGCAUCAAUUCUUCUUUGGUCUUCCUUAUUCAUUCAGUAUUCAUUCUUCAUUUAGCCAAAUAACAUUUAAUUCAUAGAAAUCUUAUCUCUGCAAUUCUAUUUACUUGCUUUAUUAUAAACCUGCAGAGAACUGUUUGAACCAGACGAAUUCACUGAAGGUAAAGGUAUUUCUUUCCCUAGCUUUCAGUUUGUCCCCACCAUUUUAGUCCUGCAGAUAAUAAGGCAGAGCUUUGAGCAAGGAUUUACUCAUGGAGGACCCCAGCCAUUUCUCUUAUGGGCAUUGUCUUCCCCUAUUUGGAAGAUCAUUUUACAAUUUUAAAGUAAGUUAAUUUUGAGACAAAUGGGCAGGAAGUAUUUGCAGGUGAUUUUACCAGCAUGAGUCCUGUUUUUCUGGCUUAAAAUCUCAGAUUAUUAAAUUAUUCCAGUGAGAAACUGUUUUUAUUCUUCUGGAAUCCAUAUUUCUGGGCCCAUGGAAUUGGGGUGACCCACCUGGGCCAUUUGCCCUUAGGUGUCCUCUUGAACCUUGAGCCUUUAAGGAACUGGCUUUCCUGGAGUCACCUUCAAGUCAAAUAAUAGCCUAGUAAGCAGUUCAGAGGAGACUAUUUUGCCUUAGAUUUUGGGCUCUUUUGGAGAAUUGUCUGUGUGCAGGCAGUUUUGAGAAGCUGACUGGAAGCUGUGCUUUAGGAUAUAUGGCAUGUCCUUAAUGACUUUUUUUACAACUGACUUACCCUGAAGCUCUGCAUAUGCUCUAAGAAACCAACAAUCACCCUCAGGAGACUAUCCUGCCUGGACCCUCUAUAUAUAACCUGCUUUCACUAUCUCCUCUUCAGAGCACCUUCCAGAUACUUUUGGCUGCCCAAUUUGCAUUUUAUCUACUCACAAUUAAUCUGCUGUUACACUGAUUUCUGGUAUUUUGCUGCACAUUUAGGUUUAUAACAAUAGGAAGAUAAACUUUAAAACAUUGCUUGUUGGUAAAGUGUUUUUAAAAUUGCUAUAUAAAAAGCAAAAUUGUUUCAUUGCUAUAAUGCUAUUCUUCUGUAUUUGUUUACAAUUAUUAACAAAAUUAAAUUGUGCUUUGUUUUAUAUUAAGAUGUCUUGUUUUGAACCUACUUAAAUAUAUGCGUUUACUUGGUAGAAAUAAUUAGUUAAUAGAUUUAACCUAGUUAAAAAACCAAAACCAAAACUAAACCCAUUGCCAUCGAGUCGAUUCUGACUCAUAGCAACCCUAUAGGACAGAAUAGAACUGCCCCAUAGGGUUUUCAAGGAGCAGCUAAAAAAACCCUCGGAGCAGCUAGUGGAUUCAAACUUCUGACCUUUUUGGUUAGCAGCUGAACACUUAAUCACUGCGCCACUAGGGCUCCUUGCCAAGUAAAAUAACUAUGAAUUUGAGCAGGGAUGUCCCCAGUAUCAAAUAUUCUUGAACAAACACCACCACCACCACCAAAAGAAAAUGCUAAGUAUGUGGUUAGGGAAAAAGUUGUGAUAGCAAACCAAGACAUUUAGCAGACAGUCUAUUAGUGUAGGGAACAACUGGUGGUGCAAUAGUUCAAGUGCUCAACUGUUAACCGAAAGGUUGGCAGUUUGAACCCACCCGCCGCUCAGUGGGAAAAAGAUGUAGCAGUGUUCUUAAAGAUUACAGCCUCGUAAACCCUACGGGGCAGUUCUACUCUGUCCUUAGAGGGUUGCUGUGAGUUGGAAUUGACUCGACAGCAUCAAGUUUGUUUUUAUUAGUGUAAUCAUUGGUGUCAUGGACUUAUACUGGAUUCCCAGAAGAAAACAAACCAAACCCAUUGCCCUUGAUUCUGGCUCAUAGCGACCCUACAGGACAGAGUAGGACUGCCCAAGCCAUUUCCAAGGCUGUAAUCUUUAUGGAAGCAAAUUGCCAUGUGUUUAUUCUGUGGAGCAGCUGGUGGGUUCAAACUGCCAGCCUUUCUGUCAGCAGCCAAGUGGUUAACCACCACCCCACCAGAAUACCAGACAAUGCUAAUUCAGAGGAUCUUGUUAAGUAUCUUUCCUUCCCUCAGCAGCUUCAAAUGUACAGUGUAAAUGGCUUUACCUUUAUGUAGUUUAAGGCUCUGGAGUUUGCAAAAAUUUCCAAAAUGUUUUUAAGAAUGGGGGGAAAAAAGAAAUCAUAGCACAAAGUCCUUCAUUGGAAAACUAAAAACUCCAAAGAACUUUCUCAAUUCUUUUGUUGCUGGUAAUUUCUAAAAAUCAACGUUCUGGAAGUUGUAGCUGUUUUUUGUUUUCAUGAUAAUAAAGUUUACAUAUAAAUAGGGCAUACUGUUACAUACUUAGUGACCCAAGACUUAUUAUGAAGUCAUGGACCAUGCCUCACCAGGUCUUCCUCCCUAAGGAGGAUCCCCAAGGAA